UUAUUGAAUUUUUGUUUUGAUACAUUCAGAUAAAAUAGCUCAAAAGUCGUGUUGUGACAUAUGUUAAUGUUCAUUGAAAAAUAUUUGAUUACUUUAAGUGAGGGCUAAGAUUGUUCUGAGUGAGAAAGGAGUCGGUGUAUAGUUUAGAUUGUACUGUAUAUUUGGCGGUAAAAACAAGAUGGCCGCAAAGCUCAAGAGUGCGAUUGUGUCUGCUUUCAAGAUGCAUGGUCUCACUCUCCGAAGUGAGGCCAGUUUAUACUUGAUAGAUGUUUUGGCCCCUGUCGACCAGAAGGAGAGAGAUCAAUGGGUUGACAAAAUCAUUGAAAUUAUACAGAAACAGUCGUUGACAUCAUCUAUGAUUGACAGGGGAGUGUGCGAACUGGCUGUGCAGGAAUGCAAUGCGGAACAGGAGGAUGAUAGUGACACUAUUUUCAACGUAAUAGAUGCGUUUUCCGUGCCCAGAUUUUCUUAUGUGAAAGAACGCAAGAAGUUUCUAGCGGAUUCCACCUUGGAGAAACCCCUUCCUAAGUUGCAUGGAUCAGCUUCUGAUAAAGCCAAUAUGUUUCGAGACCGCUACACUAUUUUGCACCAGAGAACGCUGAGACAUGAUCUCUUCACACCUCCUGCUCUGGGGUCAACUGAAACAGAAAGCAAUAAAUUUCAGUUGAAACCGAUAGAGUACCUGGUGGGGAGCACAGCCAAACUGAAGAAUGUCCUGGUGCUGGGCAUGCUGGCUCAACUGAAAGAGGGCAAGUGGUUUUUAGAAGAUCCGACAGGAAAUGUGAGGCUUGAUUUUACUUCAGCAAGCUUUCAGCCAGGACUUUUCACAGAGAACUCAUUUGUCCUAGCUGAAGGAUGGUAUGAAGACAGUGUUUUUCACAUAGAAGCGUUUGGUCUUCCUCCUCCAGAACUGGCAGAGACUACCAGGUCUUACUUUGGGAACAUCAACUUUUUUGGAGGUCCGUCCUCCAUACAAGUGAAAGCGUCUGCUCGGCUGGCACAGAUUGAAGCAGAUAAUACAGAUGCCAUGUUUGUGCUGCUCUCUGAUGUUUGGCUUGACAACAGCAGGAUCAUGGAAAAACUUGACCUGAUGUUCAAAGGAUAUGCCGAUUACCCACCCACAGCUUUUAUUUUCUGUGGGAACUUUCUGUCAUCUGCGAAGGUACUGAGUCAUGCGAAGACACUUCAAGAAUGUUUUAAAGACCUUGGAAAUAUGCUGUCAAAUUAUCCGAACCUGAUAAGCAACAGUCGUAUGAUCUUUGUUCCCGGCCCCAAUGAUCCAGGUCAUUCCACCAUACUGCCAAGACCCACCAUUCCUAAUGUUAUCACAGAGGCUUUCAGAAAGAAAGUGCCGGACGCCAUUUUCACCUCCAAUCCCUGCCGUAUUCAAUACUGUACUCAGGAAAUUAUCAUCUUUAGAGAGGAUAUUGUUACAAAGAUGUGCAGAAAUUGUGUGAAAUUUCCAUCUGAUGGCAAUGUGCCCACACAUUUUGCCAAGUCUUUGAUCAGUCAAGCCCACCUGUGCCCUUUGCCACUACACGUUAGUCCCAUCUACUGGGCUCACGACUGCAGCCUUCGGCUUUACCCCUUACCUGAUAUGAUUGUCACUGCCGAUAAAUUUGAUCCCUUCACGACCAACGCUGCCUCCACAACUGUGAUAAAUCCUGGUUCCUUUCUGCGAACAGACUUUGGCUUCAAGGUUUACUACCCAGCGAGCAGAGAGGUUCAGGACAGCCAGGUGCUGGAGAAUCUGGACAGAUCGAUCAACGGACCAGCCUCUCAGUCUCAGUCCAUGGACUUGACAGAACCGUCACAGCCCACUGCUGGCACGGCCACUCUGGACGCGUACUUUGCUGAAGCUUCGCAGUCUUGACUCGACUAGUAUUAUAGCCUAUUUAUUGUGUGUAUGUCUUUGUGGUAGUAGCUUGUGUGGGCAGUUUUGUUGAAAGGGGGGGGGGGGGAUGUUGUGAUGGUAUGUUAACCUGUGUAUACUGGUGUAAGUGGUAUGAUGGCUAAGCUCUUCGCCAUUGCUUGCAGAGGAUGAGUUCAAUUUCAGAGUAUAGAAGUUUUUUAUAUAUAUAUAUAUAGGAUUAAGAUCUUGAUUUGCUUAUGUGUGUUUCAUCUCUUUUUAGCCUGGAUUAGCCCUAAAUGGGGAAUUUAAGCAGCUUUAUGUAUGGUCUGUAUCGUGCCAAUGGAGCAUUAAACAUUUGCAAUUGAAAAAAGAUAACCCCUGUAAAUUUUUGGGGGAAAUUAUUUAUACUUUUGGAUAAUUGUGAAGGGGGCAAGAUUGUGCUAGUGCAGAAUUAUCUGCAUUUUUAUUAGCACAGUUACUUCUUCUUUGUAUGGUCUGGGAUUGACUGAUGUUUGACACUCCCGUAAUUUGGGUUAACCAAUAAAGAAAAAUUAAAGAGAUAUCAGGCUAUAGAAAAUUGUACAAGCUAUCCAUGAUUUCGAGUUUUGGACUGUAUUAGUAUUAUGAUUUAGAAGAGUACAAGUUCAAAGAAUUUUUUAACUCGUCUUUGAUUUUGUCAGAGGCUUUGUGUGUCUGAGUGUGUGUAUGUGUUGCCCACUGAGAGUUUGACGAUCAGGCUGGGGAGAACUGCUGCAUGCUGUGUAUAUAUUCGUUCAACUUGUCCCCCUCAAGUAUGUUGUCAUUGAGUACAACAAAGACUCACAUAGCUUACCCUACGCAUUGGCAGCUUUGGAGUCCCCAUCGAGUUGGGGGUUGAUCAUAAAUACCUGUGCAGGUCCUCACUGCAAGUGUCGUAAAACAAAAGUUCUCAUUGCAGAUGCAGUGAUGUCCUUCUGAUUGUUGUCUUCAUUCUGCACACCACUUGUUCUAGACUUCAAAGGGAUUACCUAAUGUGUGGUCAAUUACAUACUUUGCCAAAUUUUCACAAAAUUUUGCUUGCAUUCUCUAGCAUCUUCCUGUAAGUGUUCUAUCAUAAACUCUCUGCCUUCAUAUCAGUAGCUAGAGGGAUGGAUAUAUGUGAAUAAACACAUUUUACACUAGCAAAAGGUCAUAAAUCCUGCUAAUAAUGGGAAUGGCACACAUGACUGUCUGUGAUAAGGAGUGCCUGGUGGUGCGUUGUCUCAUUUUUUUCCUUGACACUAUGCUCCCCUGUCCUCCUGCUGGGUUAUGCAGGCCUUUUUUUGUGUUUUGGUAUAGAUCUAUUUGUGAUUAGUGGUAUUAAAUUCUUUCAAAAACAGAAAUGAAGACUUCUGCUUCGAGCUGCUCUCCUUUCCUAUUUAAGCCUAUCUCUUCAACAUCACUUUCCU